GCGCGGUUACUUCCUGCUACAUGAACUGCUUUAGGUGCUGGUGGAAUUUACUAAUUUACGCUGAUCUAAGAUCGGCGAGUUCGUAGAAGUGCGUUAGAAUUUCACAAACACAUGCACAAGACUGGACAGAUCGAAAGAGCGUACCACAAAAAUUGCAGCGAGCGAUACCGAAGAGGGGGUGGGAAAAGACACUGAGCCUCGGUGAAGCAGCACUCUUGUUUCCUGUAUUUCACCUUUACUAAGUUUAAUCGAAGCGCGUCAGAAGUUAGGUUCACGGUUAAGAGAAAUGCAAGCUAUAAAGUGCGUCGUUGUGGGUGAUGGUGCUGUGGGUAAAACAUGUCUGCUCAUCAGCUACACCACCAAUGCCUUCCCUGGAGAGUACAUCCCCACUGUGUUCGACAACUACUCUGCCAAUGUGAUGGUGGACAGCAAACCGGUCAACUUGGGCCUUUGGGAUACAGCCGGACAGGAGGAUUACGACAGACUCCGGCCCCUCUCUUACCCACAGACGGAUGUGUUUCUCAUCUGUUUCUCGCUGGUGAGCCCGGCAUCAUUUGAGAACGUCAGAGCCAAGUGGUACCCAGAGGUGAGACACCACUGUCCCUCCACCCCUAUCAUCCUGGUUGGCACCAAGCUGGAUCUGAGGGACGAGAAGGACACCAUUGAGAAGCUAAAAGAGAAAAAACUGUGUCCAAUUACCUACCCACAAGGCCUUGCUCUGGCCAAAGAGAUAGAUGCGGUGAAAUAUCUGGAGUGCUCCGCCCUAACUCAGCGUGGCUUAAAGACUGUGUUUGAUGAGGCCAUCCGGGCUGUGCUCUGCCCACAGCCCACCAAGGUUAAAAAGAAGGGCUGCAUCCUGCUGUGAACCAGAGUGGUAUCCAGGAAUGGUCAAGAAAAUCUACAGACUUUCUAUUAUCAAAGAUCGGAAAAAAUAUUCUUCCUGGAGUUUGGUCAAAAUACAAACACUUUGUAUACUUUUUAUCCUGCUAAAAUGUUUUGAUUAUAUGAAAUAUUACAUUUGAAAUAGCACAUAUAUGAAAAGGAUAUUUAAGAUGUAAUGUUGUUUGUUACUGGGGCAACAACACAGAGGCUGUUAACUGUCACCCAGUUCAGUGUUGUGUUGAUUUCUGUGGAGAAAACCACAUUUUGAAUUUCUGUUUUUGUCUCCAAAAUGUCUUGGAAGAGGCUAAGCAAACUUUAUCCAACACAAUGUCAAAGUCAAGUCUCUUUUUUUGUUUUAAGAUUCAAAGAUUUUGACAGUAAAGCCACACUGUAAGUGUAUCUGCAGCAGUUAGAAGCUGUGGGUUAGACCCUAUAUCCACUUACUUUACUAGGCAUAAUGAAUGAGCCAAACCCAACAUUGCAUAAAAUUAAACUUUUAAUGGUCUCAACAGCAAAUAAUGGGAAGAUUCUGAACAACCAGACAUGUGUUAGUAAGAAUUUAAUAUCAAAACAUUUAACUCUUUUCAUGGUAUUACCUCUGUGUAUUACCUCUAUGAAUUGUGAAGUCAAGUGACCAAGGAUUUGUUGUUAGGACCAUAAGAUUGAAUUUUGUGUUUGGUCCAUUUGUUUUUCCCAGGAGUGUAUGUUAUUAUUGCUGACAUGGGCUCUUUCUAUGGUUUGAAAAUAAACACCCCAUAUUUCCAGA